AUGGAGAAAGAGACGUCGGAUCUGCUCAAGGCCCUCCAGAAGCCCUCGACAGAUGUCCAGUCCCGUCUAGCGCUCUUCAACACCCUCAAGUCGAGCAUCAAACACAACAGAGUCCCUGAGAACUGCCAGGCCCCAAUCUUCGAGUGCAUCCGCAUCGCCUGUACCGCCGCCACCUCCGCCGCCCUCGUCUCGACAGGCUUCUCGACACUGAGCCACUUCAUCAAGCGACUGCAGCUACAAAAGGACACACACAUUCUCACCUCGCAAUCCUCGGUCCUAUGCUCCAUUCUCGCCGACAAGCUGGGCGAUGCGCGCGAGAGCCAUCGCAUUGCCGCCUCGCAAAUCCUCGCUGAUCUGCACUACCUGUUUUCUGCAGAGAUCGAUGCGCUCAUCCACGAUGCCGUCAAGAGCACCAACCCGCGCGCCAAGGAGGCGUCCAUGGCCUGGGUAGUAAAGAUGAACAAGACCGAAGGCUUGCCCUUUAAGAGCUACUCGAACCAGCUCGUCGCAAAUCUCGAAGAUGCUGAUGCUGGCGUGCGCGACACGGCCAAGAAGGCCGUUGUCGACCUCUUUGGAUAUGCACCAGAACACGCCAAAGCGAAUUUGAAGAAGCAGCUCGUUGCUAUGAACGUCCGGAAAGCCAUCGCCAGCUACAUCACAACACACCUCGACGACGCCGCAAUGACAAAGGAUGCAGACGUAGCGCCACAGCCACCACCGCAACAAACACAACUCCCACCCCAACCGGCUUCAUUUUCACGCAGUAUUUCUGCGAAGCGAGCGGAGCAAUUGCAACCUGACGUGGGUUUAGCAGACAGCUAUGCGUCCGAACUACCGCCGCCUGCCGAAGUCGUCGUUAUGGACCCUAUUCACAUCUAUACACAGCGCGAGCUGGACGACAUCUUCCGCGACAUGGCGCCUUGGUACGAGGGAAAAGAAAGCGAGGCCAACUGGUUAGCGCGAGACAAGAAUUGUACCAAGCUGAGGCGCAUUCUGAAGGGUAACGCGCCGCACGAAUUCCACGGAGUUUUUGUUGCUGGUAUCAAAUCACUUCUUGAUGGCAUCCUCAAAGUUGCAAACUCACUCCGAACGACAAUGUCAACCAAUGGCUGCCUGCUGGUUCAAGAGCUUGCCAAGACGCUUGGCUCCGCCAUUGAUCCCUGGUCCGAGAUUCUGUUGCAGUGUUUCGUGAAGAUGUGUGCUGCCACCAAGAACAUCGCUGCGCAGAACGGAAACGUCACGGUGGAUACCAUUUUCCAAAACGUCUCAUACAGCAGUCGUCUGCUCCAACAUGUUCUUUUCGCAUCACAGGACAAGAACGUUCAGCCAAGAACGUUUUCUGCCACAUGGAUCAAGACCUUAAUUCGGAGGCACACAUCGCACAUUGAGCAUUCUGGCGGAAUGGAUACAUUGGACACUAUAAUCAAAAAGGGAGUCACUGACGCUAACCCUAAGGUGCGCGAGGCUUAUCGAAGCGCAUAUUGGACAUUUGCCUUGGUAUGGCCUCAGAGGGCCGAGAAGAUGCUUGACACAUUCGAGAAGCGCGAAAGGAGCGCUCUUGAGAAGGACCCCAACAAUCCAAAUAGUUCACUCGCCUCUUCACAGACCAGCUCAGCAUCCUUUUCGAAAUCUGUCGGUCCCGGUACUUCGCGAAGUGCUCUGAAAGAGAAGAUUGCUGAGCAGAGAAGAGCCAAAUUAGCUGCCGCAAAGAACAUGCCCGAGCGACCCAACUCUGCUGCUGCAACUUAUGCCGCACCAGCAAAACCGCAACCUAGCAAACCAACAACUGCAAGGACGAUUUCCAACCUUUCUGCACCAUCUUCUGGGCCAGCACGACCUCCUUCAGCCAUGUCCGGCGAGUCGACGAAAUCAGCGCUGAAGAACUCUACGGGUACUGGCUCGCUGAUGUCAGGGACAGUACGCCGUCCAAUUCGCCCUCCUCGACCUGAGCUGAACAGACCGGCGACAGCCGACCCAUACGCUGUUCGGCGACCAGGCAAGUCAACUCCUAACAUGACGCCAGAAAAGACGCCAGCUACAUCGACUGUAAAGAAGUCAGCUACAUCGAAAAGUACUGCCCGGCCGCGAUCGCAGACUCACAACAGCCCAACUGUCAGCCCCGCUCGUCCCAAAUCAAGAAUUGGUCAACCUGUUGCACACAGCAAAACUCUUAGUGGAGGCUCACGACAUGCAAGUCCGGCUGCGAGCCCUGCGAAGGACGGAGAAUCGACCACGAGAAAGCCGUGGGUAAGGUCGCAAAGCCAUCACGACUCAGGCACUAUCCCAUUCCGGCACAGGAAUGGACUUGGUGGAAGUGCAGCUAUAGACAACGAGGCGAUUGACUUGGGCGAUGAUGACAACUUCACAAUGGUCAUUCCAGAUCUAGCGAAACCUGCAGCACAGCCCACGCAACGCACACCACCGAAGCCUAGGGUUUCCGCAGGCCGACUGCCAGUGCCGAGCCCCCGUGCAUCAAUGCUAAGGAGCCCAAAGUCUAUGGGCCACCUCGAGGCUGCCAGCUUGCGCUCAUCGACACGAAGUCUAAGUACGAGAACACCAGAUCGACCGGGUACUCGAGGGACCGACGCUGGAGAUGCGGUCCGGGUGUAUGAAGAUCCAUUUGUUGGCGAGGAGCCGGCGCGCAUGGCGAAGGAACCAGAAAAACUUGUCCUCGAGGAGCUACCCAUUAAUGAGAAGAGCAACGAACGUCGACACAGUAGCGGAAGCGUAUCGAGUGGCAUCAUGAUGGGGAAUGACAAUGACGAACGCCCACGCGGUCACCACAAGACGAACAGUACGGGAAGCAUUUUGCAGACAGAGAGCUACGACACAGCCAAUGCUGAAGUGCUUAAGAACCGACAGCUGCUGGCGAGUGGUAUCAGGAAGAUCGAAGGUCGCACAGUAGAAGCCCAUAUGUUUCGACGCAUGCAGGACAUGGUCAAGUCGAAUCAGGAAAUUUGGGGACCCAAUGACGAAAACUUUGGCAAGCUACUCGUAGCUUGUCUCGACUUCCUCGAGGCACCAGUUCAUGAGUUGAAGACGCCCCAGAUAAAGGCUGUCAAUUUGAAGGUACAGGCGCUAGCGACGAUCCGUGCGUUGCUCUCUUUAUACCGCAAGGAGACAGCCCGAUACUCUGCCCGUGUGCUUCGAACUAUUCUACAGACAAAAGCACAGUACGAGAACACUUCGCACAUGGCCAUGGAUCUCGAGGUAACCGCAGACGAGAUUGUCAAGUAUGGCCACACACUCGACUGCCUCGAAACUGUCCUUUCCCUCAUCGAAGACUUGUCCGCCUCAACCCCAUCAUCCUCACCAAAUUCCAAGUCCUCAGUCUGCUCGGUCCCCGGUCAAGCACCCACCCGCACAUUAACCAUGUCGCUCACCACGCUCGCAUCGCUCGUCCAGAUCAGCGGCGAAAAGAACCUCGCCCUGUCACCCGAACAAACCGCUCGCCUCGGUAGACUAGCCGUCCGCUGCAUGGACGACCAAGACGCCGAUGUCCGCAAAGCAGACAUUGAAUUCUGCGUUGCCCUCCACCAGCGCAUCAAUGGCUCAGAUGCUGCGAAGGAAGACGGCGGGUUCUGGAAAGUCGUUGCUGGGGCAAGAGAACAGCAUCUCAACUUGCUCACUUACUACCUCGCUAAGAAGAGCAGGACGUAA